AUGGAUGCCAAAGCUACCUCCACGCCCCUUCCCCCGGGCCACAAGCUCUCUACUGAUGCUGGUUCCUUGUUGGCUAAUCCUACUGCUUAUCGACAUUUGGUUGGUCGUCUUCUUUACCUCGGUUUUAAUCGACCAGAUAUCUCCUUCGUCGUACAGCAGCUGUCCCAAUUCCUUCAACACCUGCAGUCUUCUCACUGGGAUGCAGCCUUGUAUGUCCUGCGUUAUCUCAAGGGGACUUCCUCUCUAGGGCUGUUCUUUUCCUCCAGCAACUCGCUUCAGCCUUUCGCUUUAACUGAUGCCUCUUGGGCCUCUUGCUCCAAUUCUAGUCACUCUGCCACUGGCUUUUGUAUAUUUUUAGGCUCCUCCCUCGUUUCCUGGAAGACAAAAAAACAAGCCACGAUAUCCCGGUCCUCUGCCGAGGCUGAGUAUCGGAGCAUGGGGUCUGUUGCCGCCAUUCACAUCACUGAGAACCUGGUGUUUCACGAGCAUACCAAACACCUUGACAUCGACUGCCAUAUCGUUUGUGAGCAAUUCAAGCUGAGUUUCAUCUUGCCGUCGCAUAUUCCUAGCCGUGAUCAGCUUGCGGAUUUAUUCACCAAGUCUGCCUCUGUUUCUGACUUUGCUCGUCUCUUUGCCAAGCUGGGCUUUUGGGGGGGGGGGGUGUUAUGUGUGUGUUACAGGUUACAUAUCAACGCAGAGCAGAACAGAGAUGCAGCUUGA